CAGGAUUGUUUGACAAUGUGACGUUUGGCAGAAACUAUUUAAAUCAUGUCUGAUGAAGAAGAAUUUUACGAUUCCUUAGAAGAGCUUGAAACUGAUUUUAAUGGAACAAACAAACCCACAAACGAAUCCGCAGGUUUCGACGACUCGGAAACGAUACCGUUCUACAACAGGGAAGCUGUCCGCAGCGAAGUAUGUUUAGCGCCGAAAAAGAGCGUCACGCAAAUGCAAAAGGAGAAACGAAUUAAAAAACCCUUUCCGCCACCCAAAGAGAAAACGGUCAAUCGAACGUAUCACGAGAUUUUUUUGAAAAGAUGUUCGUUACAAUCGCAGCUGACGAGAAACAUUUCGGAGUCAGAUUUGUCUAGCACUAUUCAACUUCAGUCACCCAUUUCGCCCAGUACCAGAAGUCAAGGAUUUUACAAUUCCGACACGGGAACUGCAGGAAGUAAAUGCAGUUCGCCUAGAAAUUCGCCUUUUAUUAUUGUUUCAGAAAGUUAUUUAAUGAAUCCGGCUAAGAAGCUUGUAAAUAAAGAACCUGAAACUAAUCAAAAAUUGUUGCUAUUAAAGAAAAGAAUUUCAUAUGGGAAAACUGUUAGUGAUAAAAAUAGGCUUUCCAUCAAGGAAAAAAAUAUUCUUCCAAAUUUGAAAACGGCAUGAUUAUAUCAAAAUUUCUACGUACAAAACAAUAUAUUCAUUUAUUUAGAUUUUUAUUAAUAUUACAAAUAUUAUAAAAUAUACAUAUAAUAAAUUAAUCGAACUAUU